GUAUUUUUUUUUUCUAAUAUAAUGUCAAAUCGACCUAUUUGAAUUGUGAAUCAUUGUCACUAUAAUUAAUGUGAUACAUAUUCACAAAAAUAUUCUGCAACAAAGUUUACAUUGUUUUCUUUCAUUUGGAAACAGUGGAAAUUGGAAAUGAUAGAAAUUUCAUUGAACAGAUUAAAUUUUCAAACUUGGUUUUGGCAUAGUUAGGUACAGUAUUCCUUUUUAUUACAGCAAUUUUCAAAGGCAUGACAAUAAUAUUUGCCAAGGUUUACUGAAGUUGAAUUGUAGGAUUAAAAUUAAAUAAACUCCUAUCAAGACAAAAAUGAACACCUCCGAAGAACCAACUCAAAACUAUUCUGCACUUUUGAAACCUGUUAAAUUGGAAACCCUUUUGAAUCAUUUGGAAAUAUCUGUAUCGGAGUCUGAAAAGCGUGUAAAUGGUUCUCUGAAUCUCCGAGAUUAUUACACAGUUUAUUUAAUUGAAAUCAAGGUUACAGAUCCAAAUUUCCAGACUAAAGUUGGAAAAUUAACAACAGUAUGGAGAAGGUACACAGAAUUCGAGCAGUUGAGAGAUUAUUUGGAGGUUACUUAUCCUUAUAUUGUUUUGCCUCCUUUGCCUGAAAAAAGAGUGAUGUAUGGCUGGCAAAAAAUAUCCAGUGACACCUUUGACCCCAACUUCAUUGAUCGAAGAAGAGCAGGUUUGGAGAAUUUUCUGUUAAGAAUUGCAGCUCAUCCGAUUCUCACGUGGGACAGUCAUUUUUUGGAAUUUCUACAAGAAGAAGAAGGUUGGAGGGAGACUUAUAAGGCUAAUGGAUAUCUUCAGCUGGUUGAAAAUAAAUUGAAGAGUAUAAGCGUGUCUGUUAGAUUGAAAAGGUGUGACCCAAAAUUCAAUACCCUCAAGGAUUAUGGAGGAAUCCUCUAUACAAAUAUCAAUAACCUACUGAAAGCUCGAUCUAGAGUGGCUGAAAAACAAUAUAAUGUUCACAAACUUCAUGCCAAUUAUGGGCGAGUUUUCAGCGAGUGGAGUGUGAUAGAAAAAGAAAUGGGAGACGCUUUACAAAAAACUGGUCACUAUCUUGACUCGUUGGCGUCAUGCAUAGACGCAAGUUUAGAAGACGAAGAACUGCUGGCUGAUCAAUUGAAAGAAUAUCUGUUUUUUGCAAAUUCGCUACAGAAUGUCUGCAAGAACCACGAGAUUUUACAGUUGCAACUUGAGGAUGCAGAAGAUAUUGUUGCAAAUAAGAACGUUGAACGUACUAAAGUACAGCAGGGUAAGACAGGAUUGAUGUCGAAGCUGUUUGGGGCUGUUGAUUCAGAUGAAGUUAGGGAGUAUAAGGUGAAUUCAUUGGACCAACAGAUUCAGGAAGGGGCUAAAACUGUCAGUGAUACCAAAGAAAAUUUGAGAGAUUUCACAGACAACGCUUUGAACGACAUUGAAAGAUUUCAAACACAAAAAGUUAGUGAUCUCAGGGAUACUCUUGGUAAUUAUGCAUUCCUUCAACUAAAAACUGCAAGGAAGGGUCUGCAGAACUGGAUGCAAAUACGUGAUUGUUUGCAAAAUAUUCCAUAGAAAUAAGUUAAGAGUAAAUAUUUAUUUUUAUAAAUUUAUGCAAGCUUGGCUUACUGUAUAUAAUCAUUUAUUGAUUUAUUGUUGAUGUUUUCAUAAAUAUGUCUACUGUCGCAUUUCAUAAAUGUUAUGAAGGAUUUUAAUAAUGUAUUCAUUCCAGUUAAAUACCUUAUAUCAUAAAUUAUUCAUAUACUGCAAGUAAAAUAUGAAAAGAUUAAA